CUUUGCUCGACGGUCUCUUUUUCGGAUUGUGUUGUCCAUUCGUCCAGUUUGUUGUCGUUUGUCUACUUCAAUAAGUAUGACCGACACAGCCGUAGCGGCAUCAGUGCCCAGCGAGGCCAACAAAGAGAACAGCGUCGCGAAAGCGAAAAAGAGCAUGGCGGGUUACCAGGUGCCGUGGGUGGAAAAAUACCGACCGAGGGUAUUGGAAGACGUCGUGGGGAACGAGGAGACGGUGAGUCGACUCCGUGCGAUUUCCAGGACGGGUAAUCUACCGAAUCUCAUUCUGGCGGGUCCGCCCGGUACGGGCAAGACUACGAGUGUACACGCGUUGGCCCGACAACUGUUGGGUGCAUCCUACAAGGAUGCCGUCUUGGAACUGAACGCCUCCGAUGCCCGAGGUAUUGAUGUUGUCAGAAAUCGCAUCAAGAGUUUCGCCAUGAAUAAAGUUACGUUGCCCCCUGGUCGCCACAAAAUUAUCAUUCUGGACGAGGCCGACUCGAUGACGUCCGCGGCACAGCAGGCUCUUCGAAGAACAAUGGAGCUGUACUCCAACACAACGCGCUUUUGUUUGGCCUGCAACGUUUCGACCAAAAUCAUUGAAGCUAUCCAAUCGAGAGCCGCGAUUCUUCGUUAUUCACGGCUGGCCAACGAACAAGUCUUGACCUGCCUACUCAAGGUGUGCCAAGCAGAAUCCAUCUCGUACACAAACGAUGCACUGGAGGCUAUUCUUUUUACCGCGGAAGGUGAUAUGCGCCACGCUCUCAACAAUCUUCAGGCCUCGUACUUUUUGACCAACGGAAUCAUUUCGCAAACUUCCGUUUUCAAAGUGUGCGACCAGCCUCAUCCCAAAACUGUAGGUCAAAUUAUCAGCCAUUGUACCAAGGGGGAUACCAAGGCUGCCUGCGAUCAGAUGCAAGCGUUGUGGAAGUCGGGGUAUUCCACCAACGAUAUCAUAGGUACCGUUUUCAAGGUCGUCAAGGCUCACGGCGAGCUUCCGGAAGCCCUCAAACUAGAGUACUUGCGCGAGAUUGGCUUUACCCAAAUGCGAAUUUCCGAUGGGGUAAACUCGCCGCUGCAGCUGCUCGGACUUUUGGCGCGACUCGCUCAAAAAAUGCAGCAAACUUAA